AUGGCGGAGCGGGCGCCGGAGCCCGAGGCGGAGGCGGAGGCGGAGGCGGGCGCGGGCGGGGAGGUGGCCGCCGAGGAGGGCGCGGCGGGCCGCAAGGCGCGGGGCCGCCCGCGGCUCACGGAGUCGGACCGGGCCCGGCGGCGGCUCGAGUCCCGGAAGAAGUACGACGUGCGGCGCGUGUACCUGGGCGAGGCGCACGGGCCCUGGGUGGACCUGCGGCGCCGCAGCGGCUGGAGCGACGCCAAGCUCGCCGCCUACCUCAUCUCGCUGGAGCGCGGCCAACGUAGCAGCCGCCACGGGAAGCCUUGGGAGCAAGUCCCCAAAAAGCCAAAGCGGAAGAAAAGGCGGCGACGCAACGUAAACUGCCUGAAGAACGUGGUGAUCUGGUACGAGGACCACAAGCACCGCUGCCCCUACGAGCCACACCUCGCCGAGCUGGACCCCACCUUUGGCCUGUACACCACGGCUGUGUGGCAGUGCGAGGCUGGGCACCGCUACUUCCAAGACCUGCACUCGCCCCUGAAGCCGCUCAGCGACUCAGACCCUGAGAGUGACAAAGUGGGCAAUGGCCUGGUGGCCGGCAGCUCUGACUCGUCCAGCUCCAGCUCCGGCUCCGAGGAGCCCCCUGAGGUCCAGCAGGCCAAGGCGACAGUGGCGAUGGCGGCAGUUACCCCCACCAGCCCAGCGGGCAGCAGCGGGCUCAUCACACAGGAGGGCAUGCACAUCCCCUUCGAUGUCCACCACGUGGAGAGCCUGGCUGAGCAGGGCACCCCACUGUGCCCCAACCCGGCCAGCAGCGGGCCCGAAGCCCUGGAGACAGUGGUGUGCGUGCCGGUGCCCGUGCAAGUGGGCCCGGGCCCUAGCACCCUCUUUGAGAACAUGCCCCAGGAGGCACUGGGUGAGGUGGUGGCCAGCUGUCCCAUGCCAGGCAUGGUGCCCGGUUCGCAGGUGAUCAUCAUUGCCGGCCCUGGCUACGAUGCCCUCACAGCCGAGGGCAUCCACCUCAACGUGGCAGCAGGCAACGGUGCCCCCGGAGGGGGCCUGGGUGAUGAGGUGCCCUGCGCAAUGAUGGAGGGUGUGGCCGCCUACACCCAGACGGAGCCAGAGGGCAGCCAGCCCAGCACCGUGGACCCUGACGCCAUGACAGGCAUUGAGACCAAGAAAGAGAAGGAGGACCUGCACGUGCUCAAGAAGGAAGAGGAGGAGCCGGUGGCCCCAGAACUGGCAGAGCUGGCCGCGACGGUGCCUGAGAGCGCAGAGCCCGAGGCAGAGGCGGACGGGGAGGAGCUGGACGGCAGCGACAUGCCAGCCAUCAUCUAUGAGAUCCCCAAGGAGCCCGAGAAGAGGCGGCGAAGCAAGCGAUCGCGGGUGAUGGACGCCGAUGGCCUGCUUGAGAUGUUCCACUGCCCUUACGAGGGCUGCAGCCAGGUCUACGUAGCCCUCAGCAGCUUCCAGCCCCAGCCAUCCUGCCUCCUCAACCAGCCACAGCCUCUCUCUGCACACCCCGGGGGCCUGCCUGGUCCUGGUGGCUCCCCACAGACUACCCCUCUUCCAGCCGCCUGAACUCUUCCUGCCUUUGCCCAGGCCACCCUGUCAGCUCACGAUGCUUCCUCUCCAAGCUCAACUGAGGACGCCCCUCCGCCAGGAAGCCCACCCUAGUCCCCCCAGCCCCGGGUCACCGCACUACCAGGACAUACCUGCCAUUUGCCCUCUGAGGUCUGGACAGGGUGCCCUGAGAGCAGAGACAGGAUCCCGUCACAUGCCCACUCCUGGCGCAGGAUGUGGCACCAGGAGAACUUUGGAUUUGCCAAGUCAUGUUUUCAUUAAGCACGUGUUGAGCACCUACCGGGUGCCAGGCCUGGUGCUGGGCGCUGGAGCAGUUGUGCUAGUGAGUUAAAGAAUGAAAGAACAAAAGAAUGAAUGACUCGGGGGCUGCCUGCUCCAGGCGCUAGGGGCAGCUUAGCACUAUGCAAAGUGCCGCUGUGGGGCUGACAGCCCUGGACUCCGGUCCUAGCCCUGCCACUGCCCACCUGUGAGACACGGGCCAAACCACUAAGCCUCCAGAGCCUUAGUUUCCCCAUCCACAAACUGGGCUCAUGGCUGAUCCCCUUCCCAUGGUUCUGACAAGGCUGACUGAUGCCCCAGCCCAGAGCCUGGCUGGAGUAGGUGCUCAGUAAGCUGCUCUUUGAUCCCAGUUGUGCCCCUGGACCCCGGCUCGGAUCUGGGAGUCCCUGCUCAAGGGCAAGGGCACCCCUCUUCCUCUUCCUCUUCCAGGGAGGCCAGCCCUAGCUGGCCCUCAUCUGUCCCCACCCUGGAGAGCUCCAGAGGCGGGCCCAUGGCACCCGCAGCCCCACUCCUGCCCCUCUUGCCCCCAGAACCACGUCAACCUUGUGCAUCGGAAAGGGAAGACCAAGGUGUGCCCUCACCCCGGCUGCGGCAAGAAGUUCUAUUUAUCCAACCACCUUC